AUUUUUCCACGACGAUCCUGGCUCUCGUAGCCCUGCUCCUCCACGCUCGUCCGGCCUCGCCGUGCCCCAAGGGCUGCACGUGCCCAUCCCCGGGGACCCUCGCCUGCAGCGGGCACGUCAACUCGAGCGCACUGCCGCCGGGUACCCAAGCCCUGCUCUUGCUGGGCCACCUCCCUGCCCCGCUGGUGCUCGAAGCCCUCCGCCUGCGCUCGCUGCAAGCCCUGGACGUGUCCCACACCGGCAUCUCCAUCCUCCCACCGGACGCUUUCUCCGGCUGCCCGGCGUUGCUCUCGCUCAACCUGAGCCACAACGCGCUGCGCGGCGUGCGGGAGCACGCGUUACACCGCCUGCCCUCCCUCCGCCUCCUCGACCUGUCCCACAACAGAAUCCGUGGGUCCGGCCUCUUCGAUCUUCUGCAGCGCCUGAGCUCCCUCUCGACGCUGAACGUGAGUCACAACGCCCUCCGCCAGCUGGACGGGUUCCGCGCCGGGCGGGCGAACCCCCCACAGCCGCUUCCGCACCUGCGUCACCUGGACGUGUCCUACAAUCGCAUCGUGGAGAUGUCACCUGUCACGCUCUCGGCGUUUCCGGGCCUGGUGACGCUGCGGGCAUCGCACAACCGCCUGGAGGAGCUGAGCGAAGAGCUGUUCCAACGCUCGCGGGAGCUGCGCUUUCUCGACCUCGCCUGGAAUCAGCUCUCCCGGCUGCCCGAGGGUUUGUUCGGAGGCACCACUGCCCUCGAGAAGCUGGACCUGCGCGCUAAUCGUCUGGCGAGCAUCCCCAGCGGAUUGCUGGGACCGCUGGGCCGUCUGGCGUGGCUGCAGCUCGAGUACAACCCCUGGGAGUGCGACUGUUCCCUGUGGGGGCUGAGGCUGUGGCUGGAAUGGCUCACGUUUCGAGGCGGGGAGGUGGACAGGUUGUCGUGCUCUGCACCGAGGGAGCUCAGGAACAGGCCACUCCAGCAACUGUCCUCCGAUAUGUUCUCUUGGUGCCAAUCAUCUGUGCGCGAAACCCACAGCAACAAAUCCGACGGGUCACAGAGGCUCUCCGAGUCUUUGCUUUUCGAGGCAGAGGGGAGGCAGGACGAUCAGCGUGAAGGACACCCUUUCAUGUCCUCUGAACACAAACCCCCACCACCUUCAGCAGAAGAGACCGUACCGUCCUCGGCACAACGCUCACCGCCGCCACCUUCAGAGGAGCAACAUUCGCCCUUCUCGGCAAAGGAGCCACCUCUGUUCUUGCCGGCGCAGAUGCCCCAGUCUUUGUCCGCCAAAGAACCCUUGGCAUUAUCGCGCGGCAUCAACGACGCGUGCAUGUUUCACCACCGCGUACGCGCACGCCAGCCCAGCGUGCGCUACGCCCUAACCACUGUGGUGGUGGCGGGAGUGGUGUGCGGGCUCCUCUGCGUCAUGAUGGCUGCGGCGGCGGGCUACGGCUGUGUGUACGCGGCCAUGGCAGCGCACCGCGCCGUCGAGAGCCGCCGGUUGGGUGGCGACGGUGGGACGGAGGCCGACGGCACCAUUCCGCUAGCGGCCACCGAAGGAACGGCUGACAGCAGCGAUGGGGGUGACGUUGGCGCGGCCGGUGGGAAAGAACCGCUCGUGUCUUGUCCUGGAAACGGUGCCAAACUCAAGCCAGACAGCCGCGUUUGA